CAAUUUUCACAUUUUAGAAUGGGGUGCCCUUUUAAAGUUAUGGACAGUCUUGAGGCACCCUAUUUUAGAACGGGGUGCCUCAAGACUGUCCAUAAUUUUAAAGGGUGCCUCAGGACUGUCCAUAAUUUUAAAGGAAUGGGGUUCCCUUUUAAAGUUAUGGACAGUCUUGAGGCACCCUAUUUUAGAACGGGGUGCCUCAAGACUGUCCAUAAUUUUAAAGGGUGCCUCAGGACUGUCCAUAAUUUUAAAGGAAUGGGGUUCCCUUUUAAAAUUAUGGACAGUCUUGAGGCACCCCAUUUUAGAAUGCUGUGCCUCAAGACUGUCCAUAAUUUUAAAAGGUGCCUCAGGACUGUCCAUACUUUUAAAAGGUGCCUCAGGACUGUCCAUAAUUUUAAAGGGUGCCUU